AUGUAUAAUCCUGUAGAGUAUUAUUAUUCCAACGAUUACUACUUGUCAUAAAUCACAAAUAGUAACUUUAAUCGAGUCAAUACUUCCUACUCUCCUAAAAAAGUUAUGAUGAGCAUAUUCAGAAAUGAUUGCAAGCCAUUUAUUAAGCAAAAAACCCUUAACUUAGAGUCAAAAGAAAUUCAUCCCCACAUUGUUAGACAUAAGUGUAUUAAACAAUCUUUCACUAAAUUGGCAGAAUCUAUUCUUAGUGUCAGUAAUUGUUUCGAUAACAUUCCAAACACAUAUACAAAAACUGAAAAGUUUGUUUAAAAAUUAAAGCCUAAAAUAACUACUCCUUCUCCUACUCCUCCAAAACCUCAUAAUCAUGAAAUAUAUAGAAUUCCAGGUAGACUUCACAAAGGGGCAUUGCUAAGAAAUUUUGAUAAUUCAAUAAAUUAAAUUGAUAAAUCCUAUAUUUUAGACUCUAAAUAAGAGUUAGGAACAUUGUCAAUGAGUCCAAAACCAAGGGCAAUUGAUUGUUUUCAAGAAUAAGUUAGACAAAAAAACUAGCAAAUAUCAAAUACUGUUAAUAUGGUAAGUCAUUUUAAAGAAUUAUAGCAAUAACUUACUAUAAGAAAAUCAAUCUUAAAUAAUGAAAUAACUACUAAUACUCCUAAGCAACCGAGUUCCAACAUAAUAGAUUAAACAAUUCAAGCAAUGAAAGUAGAUUGUUUUUACACUAAAUUGAGUCUUAAUAAUAUUAAUCACUUAGUUAUGAUAUAAUUUGAAAAUGUUUUGGGAUUUGAUGAAUCAAGUUACUUUGGAUUACAAACUGAUUUCUUAACUAGUAAACAAUACGAUGAAUAUGUAGUUUUAAGAGAUCAUUACUUUUAGAAGGUCUCAUCAUCUCAAUCAUUUUAUAUACUGAAGAAUUUCAAAGAAUUAUUUAAUUCUAUUUCUCGUGUUUAUUAAGUGUGUUUAUACACAAUUCAUUAUCCUUAAUUACUAAAAGAAUUUCUUUAGGAAAGAAAAUUAAGAGUUAAUUGUGGAUUUUAAAUUUUGAAUUAUAAAAUUGAUACAUUUGUAGUUGAUAUUAGUCAGGUUUUUAUUGAUCUCUAGAUAGUGACUCCAGAAUUAUUAAUACUAAUCUAACCCUGUCAGAUAUUAGGUUAAUAAGAAUAACAGAUCAGUAGUAAUUCAAAAAUUCCAUAUUAUGAAUUUCAUGGUUAGCGGUUCUUUUUACCAUAUUCAGGAGAAAUUCAUCCUAAUAAUUGCAGACUAUUAGCCUUGCCUCUAUUAUCUAUGGAGUCCUUAUUAAAAUAAGAUGAAUAAAGUAAAGGAUUUGUGCAAAUUAGUUAUUUUAUAGAGUAAUUUACUUUGGCUUUGUAAAGUGAAAGUUACUUUGUAAAGUUUCUUAAUAAAAGCUAGAAUAGAAUAAAAACUAUUGAUUUGUCUAGGUAUUUUAGAUAAUAAAACUAAAAAAUAUUGCAAUAGUUAUUUUUCAUAGAUACUUUAAAGAUCCAAGAACAAAAAUAGGAUGAAUUUCAAAUGAAAAAGAAGGAAAUGAUACAAAGAAUCAUUUAAAAAUUUGAUCAUUCAAAAUAAAUUGAAUAAUAUACAAAUGAUUUGAUGUUUAGGAAUAAAGAUAUUUUUAAGAAAAUGAGAAAUUACAAAUAAGAAAACGUGAACAAAUUGCAUAAAUUAUAAUAGGACCUUUCUCAAUAAGUGAUUAGAUAUAAUUAUUGCGAAAUGUUUGUUGAUACAACAUACUACUUAGCGUAUUGA